AGGGUGGAGGGUGGGGGUGGCGGAACUAUGUCAUCCCACUCAAUGCAAGGGGUAUAUGCUCCUUUACCACAAUCUCUCAGUGAUUCUGACUCUGAAAAAGAAGGUACCAUGGGGCCAAUUCAUACAAAUGGCAUAAUAUCCAGUAACCACAAACUGAACAACUUUGCUUGCCGAAAAAAUGGACACAACCUAGGUUUAGGAUUCAAUAUUAAUGAUGAUGUGCAUCACAUCAAGCGAAUUACUCCUAAAAUGACAGCCUUACGCAAGACUGCUUUUGUAUUCUCUAUUCUGUUAUGUUUCUUGCCAAUAGUUAUUUUUCUAUGGAUCUUGCCAUGCUCCGAUUCUAAUACUUGCCCUAUGAGGAUCCCCAACUAUGAAACCAACCAGGAAGAUAUUGAAUUGCUAGGGACCAUAAAUUUAGUUCAUGGAGCAUUUGAGAACAACUGGAACUUUGCUCUGAUGUACAAAGGAAGCUUUAACAGUGAAAAAAGUUUGAAAAAUGGUAUAAUGUCCUUUGUGGGAACCAGUGGGAAUGUUGCCUGGUAUUUCCAACAGGAGAGUCAUCCCUUUGCCAUCAACUGUUCAAUUAUUGAUGUAGAUGGGAAUGGCUAUGAUGAUUGCCUAGUAGUGGAUGAAAAGAGUCUCAAAGCAAUCCAAACACAAUCAGGUGAAGCUCUGUGGCAUGCUCACAGUUCAGAGGAAGAAUUAAUACCUGAGCUGGACAUGCCUGUGAAAAUACCAGAUUUUGACAAUGAUGGAGUUAGUGACUUAUUGGCUGCCUACAGGAAAGAAACUUUCUUAGUUAUAUCAGGCAAAAGUGGAUUAGCCCUUUCAAAUAUUAGACUACCCUCAAGUUGUUCAUAUAUUUUCAAUUUGAGAAUGAGGCAACAUGAUGAACAUAUAAAAUAUGGCUGUAAAAAAUAUGAUGGUACAGAGGUCACAUUUGAAUUUACCCUUGAUGGUCUGAAAAAAAAGUAUAAAAAUCCUCAUGACAAGAUAGAACUAAAAGAAGUUAAGAAUGACAUAGCUCAAACUGUCUUGGAGACAGGUACCCACAAACUGAUUGUAGAAAACCAAAACCACUGUCCACAUUGUGAAGCCGUGAUAUCCCUAUACAACUCAAACAAUACAACAUUAGGCGUAUGGACAUUUCAAAAUGCAAUAGUAUUGACCCCUGUACCCUUUUCUCUACACCGGACCAAAGAAAAUACUUUAUCUCUGAAAGGUCACCUCAACGGCUUCAUUUUCAAGAUAUGGAAAUGGCAGGAAAAUUCUAGGAAGCUCUCUCCAGUUACCAAGGUGUACAAAAGAAGCAUACCUGUACAUAAUGAAACCUACCACUUGAAUGAGGUGUCCGAAAGGGUAGUUUUGAUCACUCUACGGGAAAAUGAUACACAAAUCGAAAACGUGAGCGUUACAGACAUCUAUUUGAUUUGUAAUGGUCCUGAACAUGAUAACUGUCAACCGGAUUAUAAAAAUCAACAAAAUUCCUUGCUGAUUGCAGAUUUAGAUCAUGAUGAUUCAUUGGAAUUGGUGAGUUAUCACAGUACUUAUUUGAGGAAGGAUGAAGAUGGGUAUGAAGCUUGGCACCUAGUUUCGAGAUUGAAGGUUUUCAGGUUGGAAAAUGAGUUACCGAAAUUAUUUGGCAAAAAUUGAAAUAUCAAUUAAUUUAUUAUCUAUAUUCUUCUAUAUGCUACAACCAAAGAUAUUGGACUGGGAUUUAAUAUUAAUUUGAUGCAGAUUGUGUCAAUUUUUCUGUGUAUGAAUUGAUAGAAUUUUUCAUUGUUAUUGUUGGAGGUAUUAUUAUUAUCAUUAUUGAGUGACAAGUAAUUCACUGUAGGUGAUUCAUGUGAUUUAAAUUAUAUUUAUUUAAAUUAAGAGUACAACCUUGACUAUUAGAAUAUAUUAUCUAUA